AUGGUAAAUUUCACUGGAAAAGAAGAUUUUCUCCCUCCAUUUAUCAAUAUCGUUGGUGAUUAUUUUAUCGCCGAAAAGUACAAACUUGGAAUGUGCACAAUUCGUAAAUCGAUGGCUCAGCUCACAUUAAACACAAUGUGCUAUUUGUAUGAUUCGAAGCUUUUCCUCGAAAUGAAUCAAACAAUGAACGACGCAAAAGGACCAAAAGACCGAGAAUGCCGUCAGAAAUACGAAUUCACUCACCUAUCUGACCAGCUCGAUAAUGAUCCUGAAUUCACGCGAAUCGUCUACGUCAGAGAACCGUUCGACAGAUUCUUAUCGUUUUUCCUGGACAAAUGUGUUAACGAAGAUAGAUGCUGGGAUUGCAAGGAGAAUAUGAGAUGCGUCGUAGAGAAAUUAUACCAAUCAUUAAGAAAGUUUCUGGUUCACAAGGAUUCCAAUCCAAACUAUUUGGAUCUUCACGCGGCACCUCUUUCGUGGAAUUGUCAAUUUGACAAACAUCUCUCGAAAUACAAUAUUCUCAUGAUCGGACCCGAGAAGGAUGAGCGACGAGCCGCAAUCUACCAGCUCGGCAACAUCCUCAAAUCCAAAAAUGUGCCGAAACACGAAAUCGACUAUAUCAUAUAUAAUUCGCUUGGCGGCUUGACAACUCAUAGUACGCACUUUUCGGAAAAACGAAUCAACGCCCAGAAGCAAAUCGAAACCGAUCCGUUCAUCAGAGAUUAUCUACACAAAAUUUAUUUCUACGAUUAUCACAUUUUUCCGUUCAGCAAAUCAACGCUUGAUGAGAAAUAUCGAAAUGGGAAUUGGAAGGAAUUGUUGCUCUAA